GCGAACAAGACGCAUUAGGCUCAUGCUGUGACGCUGUGUAGCUGGAUGCUAGGUGAUGCAGAAUCACUGUCGUAAGGUUUAUAUAGCUAAAUUCAACGACAACAGCCUUCAAAACUCGAAAAUAUGAAGAAGCAAAGCUCUCUUUUCAAUUUCUUCACCAAGUCUCCGCCGCCGGUCUCCAAACCGAAGCCUAGUCCCUCUCCGACCGAGGCAGACCUGCCGUCCUCCGUGGAGAAGUCCAACUCUUCUCCGAAAGAGCAAGCUAAACAAACACCACAACAAAAACCGGCCAAGACCAGCAAAGUAAAGCCAAAAAGUGACUCCAAGUCCGUCAAAGGGGGGUUCAAGAAACUGUUUGGCGACAAGGCUCCGACAACCAAAGAGAGCAAUCUCACAUCUUCACUGCCAUUCAGUGCCGGUGCCCUUGUGUGGGCAAAACUGGAGGGACACCCCUGGUGGCCAUGCAUGGUGGUACCCCAACCUCUGACUGGACAGCAGAUGAGAGGCCGCGGUCGAGACCAACGCAUACAUGUCCAUUUCUUUGAUGAACCUCCUACUAGGGGAUGGGUCAGCACCAAAUAUAUCAGAGAGUACCGAGGCUCCGACAGCAGCGAUGCUAAAACCGGCGGGGUGUUCUUCAGCGGCAAGCCUGUAAUCCGCCGAGCAAUGGAGCUUGCUGAUGGAGUCAUGUUUGACAGCCCAGAAAAAAGAUUAAAGAUACCUCUCUGCACAGACCCAUCAGACGAGGAAGAGGAAGAUGAAGAAAUGGAGCUUGACAAGUCGACACUGACUGAUGAAGAGCUCACUGAUGAGGAUCUCCAGAAAAAUGAGGAAGUGAAGUCAUCCAAAGUCAGUCGCCGUUCAUCCCGUGCGUCAACAGAAAAGAGCAACAAGGCCAAGCGCCGUCGCAUUAUUGUAGCCUCGGACAGUGACGGCUCAGAUGAGGAAUUCAAACCAGAACAGGCUGCGUCCAGCAGUGAGGAUGAAGAGGAAGAAGGAACGGUCAGUAGUGAAGAGGAGGAAGAGGAGAGCACACAAGAGUCAGAAGUAGAAAGCCCAGUCAAGCCUGCAAAGCGCAAACGCCCUGAAGAAAAGCCUGCUAAUGCAAAAGCUAAAGUAUCCACCACACCGCCUGCUGCACCGAAACGACCUCAAGUACCUGUCGCAGCUGACACAAAGUCUCGCCUCUCAGCCUUCUCCGCCCCUGACAGCUUUGAGAGCCAGGCAAAUGGUUCAGGCACCAGUGGAGGUACAACAGUUUGGGACCAUGAGAAGCUGGAGUGGUUGCAGGAUGGCAGGAGGAAAGACAGCAGAAGGCGGCGACAGACAGAUGAUAACUACGAUCCUUCCACACUGUAUGUGCCUGAGGAUUUUCUAAACAGAGUCACUCCUGGUAUGCGUCGGUGGUGGCAGCUCAAAUCGCAGAUGUUUGAUACAGUGAUAUUCUACAAGGUGGGGAAGUUUUAUGAGCUCUACCACAUGGAUGCUGUGAUUGGAGUCAACGAAGUGGCACUGACUUUCAUGAAGGGGACCUGGGCGCACUCGGGCUUUCCAGAGAUCGGCUUUGCGCGUUUCUCAGACGUUCUGGUCCAGAAAGGCUACAAGGUGGCUCGAGUGGAGCAGACGGAGACCCCAGAUAUGAUGGAAGCACGCUGUAAGACCAUGGCUAAACCCACAAAAUUUGACCGUGUGGUGAGAAGAGAGGUGUGCCGGAUUAUCACACGUGGUACCCAAACGUACAGUGUGUUAGACGGUGCUCCUUCAGAGAGCCAGAGCAAGUUCCUGCUGAGUUUAAAGGAAAAGGCUGAAGAGGAAAGCUCUGGCCGCUGCCGCACCUACGGUGUCAGCUUUGUAGACACGUCAGUGGGUUAUUUUCAUGUCGGUCAGUUCCCAGACGAUCGUCACUGCUCACGCCUGCGCACCCUGAUAGCACACUUUGCCCCCGCUGAGGUGCUCUUUGAAAGGGGGAACCCAUCUGUUGAAACACGCAAGAUACUCAAGGCCUCUCUGUCUUCUGCUCUGCAAGAAGGGCUUAAUGCAGGGACACAGUUCUGGGACGCGCAGAAGACUCUUAAAACCCUCUCAGAGGAAGACUACUUUAAAGAUACCACUGGCAAGGAGCAGGAGACUGGAAACAAUCUUCUUCCUCCUCUUCUAAAAAAGAUGACCUCUGAGAGUGAUUCACUGUGCCUUACUCCUAAGGAGGGCUAUGAGCUGGCACUGUCAGCACUGGGUGGAAGCAUCUUCUACCUGAAGAAGUGUCUGGUAGACCAAGAGCUUCUCUCCAUGGCCAACUUUGAAGAAUAUGUCCCUGUUGAUGUAGAGAUGGAGAAAGCUGCUGGACCUGCCAGCUUCUUCACCCAGACUCGUCAGCGAAUGGUCCUGGAUGGAGUGACUCUGGCAAACUUGGAAAUCUUUCAGAAUGGGUCAGGAGGAACAGAGGGGACGCUGCUGGAGCGCUUGGACACGUGCUCUACCCCGUUUGGUAAGAGGCUGCUGAAGCAGUGGCUCUGUGCUCCUCUGUGUAACCCCACAUCCAUCAAGGACAGACUGGAUGCGGUGGAGGACCUGAUGGGAGCCCAGGCCCAGGCUACAGAGGUUUCAGACCUGCUGAAGAAGCUUCCAGAUUUGGAACGUCUCCUCAGUAAAAUCCACAGCAUUGGCACUCCUCUGAAAGGCCAGGACCACCCUGAUAGCAGAGCAGUUCUCUACGAGGAGGUCACCUACAGCAAACGCAAGAUAGCAGACUUCCUCUCAGCACUGGAAGGUUUCAAAACUAUGCAGGAGAUCAUUUCUAUCCUCGCUCCAGUUUCAGGCGAAUUUUGCUCCACGUUGCUCCGCCAAGUCAUCAGUCUGAAAAGUGAAAAGGAUGGCCUCUUUCCCGACCUCUCAGCUGAACUCAGGCGCUGGGAGACGGCUUUUGACCACCGGAAAGCCCGCACUACUGGUGUCAUCACCCCAAAAGCCGGCUUUGACCCCGAGUACGACCAGGCUCUGACUGGGGUCAAGAACUGCGAGCGAGAGCUGCAGGAUUAUCUGGACAGACAGAAGAAGAGACUCGGCUGUAAAAACAUGGCUUACUGGGGAACUGGGCGAAACCGCUUCCAGAUGGAGGUGCCUGACAGCGUCUCAGAGAGGAAUAUUCCUGAGGAGUACGAAGUGAAAUCUACAAAGAAAGGCUGGAAGCGUUACGUAACAAAGAAGAGUGAGCGGCUGUUCUCAGAGCUGCAAGGAUUUGAGGAGAAGAGGGAUGCUGCACUUAAAGACUGCAUGAGGAGACUGUUCUACAACUUCGACAAGAACUACAGCGACUGGAAGACUGGCGUGGAGUGUAUGGCAGUGCUUGAUGUACUGCUGGCCUUGUCACGCUACAGUCAGGGUGGAGACGGACCGAUGACCCGGCCACAGGUGGUGCUCCCUGAGGGUGACGACCAGGUAGAGACCUUCGUUGACCUCACUGGAUCCCGACAUCCCUGUGUCACCAAGACCUUCUUUGGCGAUGACUUCAUUCCUAAUGACAUCUUCAUUGGCUGCCCUGGUAGUGGUGAAACUGAUGAGGAUAAAGGUCAUGCCUUGUGUGUCCUUGUCACAGGGCCAAACAUGGGUGGAAAGUCCACUCUCAUGAGACAGUGUGGACUUGUGAUCAUCAUUGCUCAGCUGGGUUGCUAUGUUCCUGCCGAGAGCCUGCGCUUCACACCAGUUGACAGGGUCUUCACCCGGCUGGGAGCCUCAGAUCGUAUCAUGGCUGGAGAGAGUACCUUCUUUGUGGAGCUAAGCGAGACUGCCAGCAUCCUGCACCAUGCCACUAAACACUCGCUCGUGCUCCUGGAUGAAUUAGGAAGGGGCACAGCCACAUAUGAUGGCACAGCGAUUGCCAGUGCUGUUGUGAAGGAGCUUGCUGAGAAAAUCUGCUGUCGCACCCUUUUCUCCACACAUUACCACUCCCUGGUGGAGGACUACGCCAACAACCCUGCUGUGCGGUUGGGCCACAUGGCGUGCAUGGUGGAGAAUGAAUGUGAGGAUCCAAGUCAAGAAACCAUCACAUUCCUCUACAAGUUCAUCACAGGUGCUUGUCCAAAGAGUUACGGCUUCAAUGCAGCUCGACUCGCCAGCCUGCCAGAGGAGGUCAUCCAAUCAGGACACAGGAAGGCCAGAGAGUUUGAGAAGAACACCAUCAGCCUCAGACUGUUCAAGAAACUCUGCCAGUUUGCUGAAGAUGCCACACUGGACAACACACACUUUGCUUCACUUGUUCUGAUGCUCGACAACAUGUAGUUAGUAAAACAUGAUUUGUUCUUGCUGAAUUUUUGUUUUGUGAGCACUUGAAAAAACACUACUGUAAUGAUCUAAUAAAGUUUAUUCUUUAAAAAAAUGACAAUGUUUCAUCUAGGAAAUUAAACCCUUUUAAUUCA